AUGAGUAGCAUGUCUGGAUAUAUGCUCUUUACAGGACCACCCUUCUUACAGGAUAUACGGAAACAACGAAAAUUAGAAAAAGAAGCGGCAGCAACAGCAGAAGCCAAACGACAAAACGCAGGGCGAAGAGCAAUGAUGCUUGGAGUGGAUACAGGCGAUGUCGCUGGUGAACGGCCGGCCAUUGGACGAACGAUCACUCAAUCUACGAAAGGGUCAACUGAAUCCGAAGAAACAUUACUUAAGAGAGGUUUGAACUUAUUCGGUCACAGAAGGAAGAAGAAGUCAAAGGAUAUCAGACAAGAAAAUGCGUCAGGACAUUCACGCUUCGAUCUUCUUUCGUUCAGACCAUCGUCGCCCAUGUUUGGAUUGCGAUCUCAAUCGCCAGUACCGCCGGACGGCCGACCAACUUCACCAGUUCCAUCAACCUCGUCACUCCGAGUGGUCUCACCGACACCAGGCGAACGAGCGCCAGAAACCAGAUCUUCGGUAGAAUCAUCUGAACCCCCUUCUGUAAACUUAUCCCUCAUUUAUCAUGUCGACACUCCAGAACCAAAAACAAACUUAUCUGCUAGUGAUAUACUAUUCGGUGGCAGACAGAGUAUACCUCCUCCCCCUCCCCCAAAGCCAUAUGUUGCUCCUGUGAUCCCCAAUCCAAAAGAAGAUCCUAUCAUGUCGUCGAUAUCUCCAGCUACGAUAGUGAAACCAAGGACUCCGAUUACCGGACCAGGUAGCCCUGUAUUAGGACCCCGUAGUCGACCUCCACCACUUCAAACUCAAUCUGAGCCGAUUUUCUCAUCGAUACCACCACCAAUUGAGCGGCAUAUCCCUCCAAGAUCAGAGGAAUUCGACCAAGACCGUCAACGAAAAGGCUCAGACUUUUCCGAUUUGGAUGGAGAAAAGGAUAAGAAACGCCAACACUGGCUGGUGCCUUCAAGCCCGCAUACAAAUAUCAUUAACGAAAAACUCUAUAAUGAAUUACCAUUGGACACAACGGAAAUGCCCAUAGAACCUGGCCCAUCAGCAUCAGCUCCUCGACCUGAAAAAGAUCCGUCCAUUUUCGCGCCAAGGCCGGCACCUGAAGAGUCUGGGGAGUUCCCAGCCGACUACCCGCCACCUCCUCCCUUUGAAGAAGAAGAAACAGUGCUCAAGCCAGACUUCUCAGAGGACCUCAAAGCGCAUCUGAGAGGUUCAGAUCGUGCUGGUCAAUGGUGGAGGCUGUACGCUCCUCCACCAGAACUUUCAUUUAUUCCUGAAAAUACCGCUCUUGAGAUCCUCAACCUGUACAAUGACGAGCAGCUGGAAUUCGAUAUUAAGCGGAUCCAAACUUUAGCGCCCGCCCAACCUAAUGUCGAAAGUUCAACCGAACCUAAGACAAAACGGAACGAUGCCGGCGAUGAGCUUAGCGUCAACGUCGAGGAGGUUGGAUACAACAGCCACCGUGCUUCAACACAUACAGCCGAAGGUACUAUCUUCAGCCGACGGUCCAUCUCAACCACAGCCACUAGUGUAUCCGAUGCUGGAGCACCCGAAAGCACCUCUCCCGUGUCCCCCACACAACCAUCGGCCGCUGCAAUGGCUAGAUGGACAGCAUUUAGCAAGUGGGGGCCUGCAAAUAGGGACUCUUUGCCAGCGUAUUCCCCCAUGAGAGAUUCCUUCAUGGGAGGAUUCAAUUCAAGGAAAAAUGACAGCAUUUGCGCUAUGUGCAUGGAAGAUCUCACGGCCCGACGGAUGACAGCUAUUGAUUGCAACCAUAAAUACUGUAAUGGCUGUCUUCGUUCAAUCAUCCUCGCAUCUCUUAAUGACGAGAUCUCUUUCCCACCAAAAUGUUGUACUUCUCGUAUCCCAGUGCGAACGAUCAAGGCCGUUUGCAACCUCUCCGAACAGGCAGCGUUGAAUCACAAAAUUCGCGAAUACGCUCAAGCGCCCGAGGAUCGUGUUUACUGUCCUACAGCAACAUGUGGCCGUUUCGUUCCUCCUGAGUCAGUCAACGAUUUUAGGACAAAGUGUCUUGUGUGCCAAUUUUGUCAGACGAAGGUGUGCCCCAACUGUCGUGGCAGAGCUCAUUUCGACGGUGAUACAUGUCCAAAGGAUGACGAACUCUGCUUUGGCUGUGGCGCAACCGGUAGAGAUCCCUGCCUUUGCCGGCUUGACGAGGAUAAGUUCAUGGAUUGGGGUAAAACUCGCAUGUACGAAUCUGCGAGUGGUGAUGAUACGGAUGACCGUAUCGAAGAAAUGACAGUGCAUUCUGCCAUGGUUGACAUUAUUGCUUAUGAACGGAAAGCUAGUCGGGAGCAUUACGCACAGGAGGAAGCUAAGCGAGUGAGAAAGGACAAAGAGAAACUGGAGAAGAAACGCAAGGAUGAAGCGAGGAUGACGGAUUUGUCCAAAAAAUAUGACAAGCUCACCAAGCAGUUGGAGAAAUUGCUUGACGCGCAAUUCGAGCUUAUGGGAGCAAGACUCGCUGCUACUCGCGCGGAAUUGUUGGAAAGCCACGAAGAGGGAGAGGCUAGGCUUGACGAUCUUUUGCUCGAACAGGACGAUACUUUCCAAACUCGGGUUUCGGAGAGGUCAGUGGAACUUGACCUUCAAUUAGAGGCCGAACUUAAGGUUCUCGAUUCCAAGUUCGAAGAAGAGGAAGAUGAUAUCGCCUUGGUCCUCGCCAAACUACACCGCGGCAAGCCGAACCGAGAUGAGCGUGUCAAGGCUGCGGUAGAAAAAUUGAAGUCGCAACAAGAGGAGGAGAAGGAGGAGUUAAAGCAUAGCUACUCUGUCCAGUUUUCGGAAGUUAAAAACAAGGUUCUUGCAGAUAUUGAAGACAUCAAACAACAGAUCAUCCGUCGAAGAGAUUUAGAAUUGGAAUCACAGUACGAAGAAUGGCACGAAGCUGCCAGAAGGGAAUACGCGGAUGAACAAUGGUUUGCAGCUGUCAAGGAAAUUCGAAAGGAGCAUCUAGCAAUUCAGUUCGAGGCUCAAAAGGACGAAUACCGAAGAAAGAAACUGGAAGCUGAUCUAGAAGAGAGCUUUAAGCUAGCUAUGAUGCUUGAGCUUGAAGAUGAAAGAGACAAGGUUUAUAGCUCUGGACGGCCUCGGGAACACUCCCAUAUCAAGAUGCCCAUGAUCUAA